AUGACUGGCCGCUUUGGCGAUCACCCGUACCAAGAAAGCACCAGCAUUCCGAUGAACGAGUCCGGCAUGGAUCCCAAUAAUAUGAUCUACCUACCGGCUAUGCCAUCAUCGUAUGGCGGUGAUGGUGAUGGUGAUGGUGAUGAUGGUGGCUAUGUCUCCGGUGACUAUUGGCAGCAUGCGUUUUCGCCAAACGCCGAGCCGACUCACUCGGCGCCAUUUUUUCAACCACACCAAGAAGCCUUUCCGACAGUUGGAAACCAGCAAAAGCAAGCUCCGAUAUUCACUUUUAACGGAACGCCAUUCGAAACCUACCCUCCUUUCUCCUCCAGUGCCAUGGGCAUGUCAACAGCAUCAACGCACAACUUGGCGCAAGAGCCACAGAACUUGUUGGCAUCUCGAGACUACCGGACGCCGCCCACCAAGCGUCAGAGAAUAUCACUUACUGGGCAGGACUAUGGAGAUUUGCCAGCCAGCAGUGGCCUCCGUGAAGAAGACCAAGAUUCGUUGUGUGGGACCGAGAGCGAAUGUUGCAGCAGCUGCUCCGGGGGAAUACCUUGCGAUGAGCCCAACUGCUCACCGUGUGAUGAGGAAGACUGUGUCGGCGAAGCGGUUGAACUGUGCAGUGAGAAAUCAUGCUCAAAACCUGCUUGCCGGGAAGAAUGCUUCUCCAUCGCGUUUCAAAACCAGACCUCUUUGGACAAUGGACCAAAAUCACAAGAAAAUGCUCUGUCUUCCCAGAAUGCUCCGUGGAGCCCGCAAAUGGUGCAGCAAGGCAUGGGUCAUACCCGGAACACAGGCGUUUCUAGCAAAGUCGGCUCUGCUGCUUUCGAACAUUCUCCUAUUACUACACCAUCAAUGGUCGGCAACAGCGAAACGCCCGCAUCUCCAUACCAUGCUUUGCCAACAUCUCAAAACCAUGUGUUUGAUCGGCAUAAUGUAUAUGCAAAUACGUCUUCUGACGACCUGUCGGGAACAGGCUCCCUGUUCAACACUUCUGAGCCAUGGGCCAACCACUCCUAUGGUAACGUGAACACCGAGAAUGGUCAGGAAAUGCUGCCCUGCAGCUGGGAGAACUGCGACUACAUAGGUCUUGAUCACGAUGAGUGGUUGACUCAUUUUCACAUGGAUCACAUCGAUACCCAGAUGAAGUUUGCAUGUCCUAUCCCUGCGGACAACUGCCCAGCAACAAUUGACACCAACCCGAUGAACCACUUACAGGAUUUUCAUCAUAUCAAUUGGGAUUUCAGCUCUCCAGCGUUCUGCCCGGCUACGACAUGUUCUCCAGAUCAGUCGUUUCUAAGCCUGGAGAUGCUCCAUAACCAUUUCGACAUGGCUCACGCUAGACCAGCUCAAGGCUCAUUGCAGUGCCGGCUACAGACAUGUAACGGUACCGAGUUUGAUGAUCCUAACCAGUUCCUUUCUCACAUGCAACAUCAUCUUCAAGCUCCAGUAUCGAAGAACGAAGAGCAUAUCGAACUUCUAGCCCCAGGUGGUCCCGCAGCUACAGAGCUCAAGAAGGAGGCACUCGGGCCUGUGAACCUUCCUCACUUAUGCAUGUGGAAGUCUACGAAUGGAGAGCUUUGCAGCUUUGAAGGGAAGGAUGCGAGCAGCCUCCAGGAUCACGUUAAGAAGCAACAUUUGAGUUCUUUGGGCAAGAGUACUGGCUACAUUUGUCAGUGGGACGGCUGCCGUCGAGACUCGAACCUCGGUGAGAAGUCAGGCUUUUCGCAGCGAGGGAAGCUAGAGCGCCACAUGGCAAGUCACACCGGCUUCAAAUGCUCGAUUUGCCCUAUAUGUCAACAAGAGUUCUCUGCACCGCAGGCCUUGAGACAACACAUCCUGCUCCACACUGGAGAGAAGCCAUGGAAGUGCAAACACUGUGACAAGAGAUUUCCUCAACAGAGCGCAUGCACCAUCCACGAGCGAACACACACUAAUGAGAAGCCGCUUGAAUGUAACGUCUGCGGGAAGAAAUUCUCUGAGUCCUCUAACUUGGCUAAGCAUCGAAAGAUUCAUGGCGAGAAAGGUUUGCAUGUUUGUCCCAUUUCGGGAUGUGGGAAGUCUUUCCAUAGGCUUGACCAACUGAAGAGACAUGCUUUGACACAUGAUAAGCCGCCGAAAGAUGGCACUAAGAGAAAGGCGCCUAGGAAGCCCAAGAAAGUUGUUGCGGCCGCUUCGGAUGUGUAG